GAUUGCCUUACCAAGAACAAUUACAACGAGGCUCGUUGUCAAAAUGCCGUCAAGGCGCUGUAUGAAUGCUGUGAAGCCUUCUACCAGCGGUAUGGCGACGACGCAACGUCUCCCAGCUGCCCACAGCCAAAACUGCUGCGUCUGAAAAUUCAGCAGCAGAAAGAGGGCAAAUAA